AUGGCAUCAUACACUCUACCCAUCGGCGUCAGACCUAACACCAUUCACAAAGAAUUUUAUGAUAAUCUUGUCGAAGGUCCGCAUGCUCUAGAUGUGGAUGACAAGUAUCUUUGUGUAUGCGGGGAUCCAGAGGUCCACAUUCACUGUUUACGGUGUUUGGCAAAUAUCAUAAAAAGAUUUACGGCUUUGAAAAAGGAUAUUCCGGAAAUCGCCUACCCAGAAUCCCAACCAGAACCCGUACACUAUGAAACUAGUCUCCUCCCGACAAUCCGCAAUGUUGUGGUAGAAGCCGUACCAAAAAAUUUGGCACAGCCUCCAUGCAUAUGUUCGGAAAUGAUUGAAUCUUCCUUCGUGGCCCAAGAUCCCAGAGCUCAUCUCGUCUCAUAUUUGGAAAAGCCGAAUUCUGCCCCAGAAACUGCCCACACAGAGCAGCUUCAGUCCUACAACACAAAUCCGACCCAAACAUUCUCCCCCGUUUGUUUGCACACGUCUUUGUUCACGACGACAGCCUCGGAUAUCAGACUGGUGCAAUGUCAGCCGAACCACACUCAUUACUGGAUGUAUAAGAACUACAGCAUCGCAUUGGAUAAGGGCUACAACGGGUCUAUUGAGAUGGAAGAUGCAAUCCCUCGUACGCCUUCGGCUCGUUUUCACGAGCGAUUUGGCGAAGAAAGCAUUUGCCACGCAAUGUGCAAUGGUAGUGGAGAUCUUGUACAAUAUUCUUAUUGCAGAAUGAUCGAGUCCGGCUUUUUUAUAUUUCUACUGGAUGCUGGUGUACUAGAUGCCCCUUGCUGCGAUAAAUGCGAUGCUGGCAUUUUGUCGCUACUUACGGUUCUCUCUUCGGACAUCGCUGACAGAAUGCGAGACCGGGUGGUCGGAGAAAUUUAUAAUGUGAAUAACGUCUUAGGCAGACAAAACAAACUUGCUUUGGAGACAUGGAAAGGAUUUAACAUUCACGGUACUUACGGGUUUUGUUGCAAACGUACGGAAGACAUGUCUCGAUGUGUUAGAAAUAUGGGGGUAUGGCUUUAUACUAAUCCUGUGUACUACGCUCAUAAAUGGGGACAGGACGAUGGUCUUAUGGAGUUUGUAGAAGCACUUAAUGGCUUUAUGAUGAAUGAGUUAAGGAGGAGCCAGGUCGGUGGUGAGAAUGAUGUGGCUAAGCUUGAUGAUAUUAUGAAGCGUAUGAUCGGGACGAGACUGGAGGAUUUCUUGGUUUACUUCUGCGCUUAA